UGUAUCCCGCAGCAGUGUUCACUGCGACUCCAUCUGGGUGGGACGUUGUCGUGCGUUGGCUCUGGCAGGCUGGCUGACGAUACAGUCCCAAAAGCGCAUUUUCCGCGAAUCCGUAGCCGAAACGCGUCGAAACCGAGCCACCGUCCUUUUCGGUGACCGUCGUGCGUCGAGUAUCGCUCGCCCGCAUUCGCCCGACGACAUUUAGUGAGAAAAUUGUCCGUCGAUCGUUGAGUGCCGUCGCACGUUGCGCGCCGCAUUGUGUCACGGCGUAUACCACCGCAUAUACGUGAAUCGUCGGGCCGAGAAGGACAGACGGUUCGAACGCGGAAGAGUGAGAGGCAGCCAAAAGGGCGCAAAGGAGCGACAGAGAAGCAGCGACCGGGUGCCGCCGCGGAGAAAGGAAAGGCGGAAGGAUUAUAUAUUCGGACAAACAUGGCCACCGCGAUCGACGACCGGCAGGAGCUGUUGGAGCAGUUCCAAACGAUCGAUGCGAACGGAGACGGCUUCAUCAAUGUCACCGAGCUGCGUAACGCGCUGGACGUUUGCGGCUUCAAGAUGCCCGGCUACAAGGUGCGUCAGAUGAUCGAGGAGUACGAUGACAAGCGGCGGCUGGAGCACAGGGGUCGGCUCUCCUUCGAGGAGUUCGAGAAACUCUGCAAGGAGCUCAAGGCCAACGAGCUCGGUUCCACGUUCAAACAGGUCGUCUCGAAGAAGGAGAACCUCGAAACUCUGGGUGGAAUCUCCGAGGCGUCCAGCGAAGGCACCACGCAUUCCGUCAGACUCGAGGAGCAACUGGCGUUCAGCGAUUGGAUCAAUACCAAUCUGUCACACGAUCCCGAUCUGAAGCAUCUGUUGCCCAUCGAUCCCGAGGGAAAAACGCUCUACGACAAAGUCAAAGACGGAAUUCUGCUCUGUAAAAUAAUUAACCAUUCCUGUCCGGAUACCAUCGACGAGCGCACGAUCAACAAAAAGAAUCUGACGCUGUACAAGAAGCACGAGAAUUUAACGCUGGCUUUGUCCUCGGCUCAGGCCAUCGGUUGCAACAUCGUAAACAUCGACGCCCACGACCUGACCAAGGGCUCGCCGCAUUUGGUGCUGGGUCUGCUCUGGCAGAUCAUCCGAAUCGGUCUGUUCAAUCAGAUCACCCUCGAGAAUUGUCCUGGUCUGGCCACGCUUCUGCAGGACGGCGAACGAAUCGAAGACCUGUUGAAGCUGUCUCCAGAGGCAAUUCUUCUCAGAUGGGUGAAUCAUCACUUGGAGAACGCCGGCAUCGCCAGGCGGUGCAACAACUUCCAGUCCGACAUCACGGAUUCUGAGAUCUACACCUAUCUCAUCAAGCAGAUCGCGCCCAACUCGGCCGGCGUCACCUUGGAGGCUCUGAUGGAGCCGAAUCACACGUCCAGGGCGGAGAUCAUGCUGCAGCAGGCCGCGAAACUGGGUUGCCGUAGCUUCGUAACACCCAGCGACGUCGUAAACGGCAUCUAUAAGCUCAACUUGGCCUUUGUCGCCAACAUGUUUAACAACUAUCCCGGACUGGACAAGCCGGAGAGCAAUAUCGAGGGUCUGGAAUCGCUGGAGGAGACACGAGAGGAGAAGACCUACAGAAACUGGAUGAACUCGAUGGGCGUAUCGCCGCACGUCAACUGGCUCUACUCCGAUCUGGCCGACGGUCUGGUAAUCUUCCAGCUGUACGAUAUCAUCAAACCGGGCACCGUGAACUGGAACAAGGUGCACAAGAAGUUUACGAAGCUCCGGAAGUUCAUGGAGAAGUUGGAGAACUGCAAUUACGCCGUCGAGCUGGGCAAGCAGAUGAACUUCUCGCUCGUGGGAAUCGCCGGGCAAGACCUGAACGACGGUAACGCGACCUUAACGUUGGCUCUGAUAUGGCAACUGAUGAGAUCGUACACGCUGUCCAUCCUGACGUCCCUGGCUGGCACUCAGGGCAGCACCCUUGUGGAGAAAGAGAUCGUUCAGUGGGUGAAUUCCAAGCUUCAAGCUGCUGGUAAGACCAGCAGCAUCAAAGGAUUCCAGGAUUACUCGAUAUCAGACGGCAAGGUUGUGAUUGAUCUUAUCGACGCCAUCAAGCCCGGUACAGUCAACUAUGAUCUCGUCAAGGAGGGCGGAACCGAACAGGAGAACCUGGACAAUGCCAAGUACGCGAUAUCCUUAGCGCGAAAGUGCGGCGCGCGCGUUUACGCGCUACCGGAGGACAUCACCGAGGUUAAACCGAAGAUGGUGAUGACGGUGUUCGCCUGCCUGAUGGCGAUGGACUACAUCCCGAACAUGGACUCCGUGAAGAAUCAACAGAACAACGUCAACAAUGUCAACAACAUAAACAACGGUCAAUAAUGUCGGCCAUCCUGUCGUUCCACCUACGUGCCGUCUAUCUUUUGUACACAAGAACUCUCGAUCGGGCCGCGCCCGUCUCGCGCCUCUUCCACGAGCAUAAUACUUGUAUAUACGUAGGCUAGGUUAGCUUGUUCUUUGAAGAGAGUACCACUACUAGGAAGAAAAUCCACGUGACGAUAAGGGGAAGUUCGGACUGAAAAAAAUCUCGAGAUCCCGUUCGAUUGCUGUUGAGUUGUCGAACGAAUGUCGCACGAGGUAUGGCUUCGUUUUUGCAUUUAUGAUACACAUUCCGAUGUUGCGCACGAUGUGUGCGUGAUAUUUAGGGAUGUUCGAUGUAGGAAGACAAGAUAGAAAACGCUCGUAAUGUAAAAAAGACAAAAGAGGCGAUGUUCUUUUAUGCGAACUUUUACGUUAUUGAUUGAACUGUCAGUUGGAAUAAAUUGAUUAGAUUACGGAUUAUUGCGUAAUUUAGUAAAUAAAAUAUCGAAGCUCUUUACAAUAAUUUCCUUCAUCGAGUAUGCAAGACAAUCUUCAAAUUUCUUGUCACCUACGGAUUUUUUAACACGAAUGAUUGGUAAAGCUGGAAUAUUUUUUUCACUAAAUUACGUAAAACACAAUUUCAAUACAGUGCAAUUGCUGCCAAUGACACUUCGAAUAUAUACAACGGCGUAUUUUCGCUCGCAAUAUGAGAGUUGAAAAUAAUUUUGAUACAAAUGAAUUCUUUAUCAAAGCGCAUCGAUGAUAAUCUUUGAUCAAAUUGAGAAAAUAUAUUUACAAGGUGAUUAGUGUGCAGAUUGUAACAGCCGCACGGAUUCGCGCUGAAUACUUUUUUACCACGUGCGACCGAUAAUCUUACCGUGCGAUUUGGGAUUCUCUUUCCCCGCGAUCAUAUCACUCGUUUCCACCCCCUACUACUCGUUGUACCACGUCAGGUUUGUAUAAAUCGAUUUUAUACCGAGAACACUUUGCGUGAAGCAGGCAGAUGCAGAGCACGCUAGAAACCAUCGAGAAAUAUUCGAAGCGCGAAAAAAAGUACAUUCUGAAUAUACAGGAUGGUCCCGAUCCUCCUCAAUUGAUUCUUCGAAAACAAAUUAUAUUCCAGGUUCAAUCAGCAAUGUAUUAUGUAUCGUAAAAAUUGCAAUAAACAAUGAUCUCCCUGGAAGCUUAGGAAAAUCGAGGAAUCCCGGAUCAUCUUGUAUAUAUCUCGGGCAGAUAAAUCUGCAUAGGUAGAGCAAAUGAUAGUUCAACACACUCAGAUUAUACAGUACAGUCAUAAAUUAUAUACUUAACACGAGCUACAUACGUAUUCGAUAGUGUAGAUGUAAGAGAUUUGUGAUCUAUUUAAACUGUUAUUUUACGCGCUCUCGGUGAUUCGCAGUGUCUGUCGGACGGUCACAACGGUCUAAAACUUGUCGGCUCAGUUUUCUGCGCAUUAACAUUGCACGAGUGCAUUUUAUAUCGAGCGUAAUUUACGACGAUUAUACACGAGUCAUAUAUCUUCUAUUUCUUUAUAUACCACACGCGAGGGUGUCGAUAAAUUUUUAUAGAUUUUGUCCGGCUCUAAAAAAAUCCGUUUCUGAAACAGAAAGGCCUUUUAUACUUCACCGUUGAAAUCUGCUCACGCCAUCAGCGCGAUAAUAGCUUCUAUGUCAUUAAUGUAUUCGAGGUAUUGUGUGUAUUCAAAAAGUGUCGGUCGAUGACGGAUCGUCGUGUGCGCUGCAAGUGGACGGUAAUAAAUAAGGAUAAUCUAACACGUCGACGCACAAAAAUCAUUGUAAUCGUGCCAUUAAUAAGUACCGAGGUGUAAAACCUGAUUCGAUAUUUACAUGAUAUUUAUAAUCGAUUCGGAACGUACUUAUGCAUCUAACGGCGACUGCUAAAACGAUAUUCGCGGUUGCACGCUGCGAAUAAAAAAAAGGAUACGGGUUCCUCUUGAUCUUGCGCGUUCUCGCGACGCAUUUCAUGCGUAUUCAGCGCAUGUAGAACGGAGAAUCAAUUGUCUUUAAGAAGACAAAUGUUUCCUACGACCGAAAGGCUCGACCGCGAGACGAACGGAAACAACUGAAGCUCUUUUAGGAAUAUUUUAGAGCGAACCCCGUUAUAUUAAAAAUUGUGUACAUUAAGUUUUAGAAAUUGCAGCGAAGAGGAGAGAUUUAUGAAAAAUUUAGUAUGUAUUUCCUUGCAAUUGACUUAAACUAUGAUAGAUAAUUGGUUAAUUAUAGGGGACGCUAAUUGGUUAUAUAAAAUGUAAGGAAUAAUCUACAAUGAAUGAAGUGCAAUGCGUGUUAUCGAUUUGUAUAGAUACUUUUAUUACUUCUUCAAAAAAAAAAAUUUGUUCCUGAUAUUAAAUUCGUUGUUUGUCGUUACAUUAUUCCAGGAGGAAACGAAGUAGAUGCGCGUGGACGCAUUCGUGUAAUGCAGACGAAAUGAAAUUAUUUGAGGAUAAAGGACGAAGAUUGGAAACUGAAAUUUAACGUGACGCAAGCUAGGAAUGUUCAUGUCAAUCUUGUAUUCGAUCGCGCGACUCAGAAAUUCUCGAGGGCCAUCUGCAAUUCAAUUAAUUAGAGCUAAGUAUCGCAAUCAUUGGAUAACUCUGAAUUUAUGACGAUCAUUGUAUACGUACAUUUCAUAUAUAGACACACACGCGCAUUUCCGUAUUGGUGUGUUUACGUGAACAUGCGUCCAUCGUCCUAAUUAUAAUUUAAUGUAUGCGUAAUUUAAAUAAAAGAAAUUUACUAUGUA